CGAGUGAUACGAAAAUUGAAUAAAACAAUAGAAGAUGUCGUUGGAUACGCACAAAAAGAAUUAAAUUUAAUUAAGGCGAGUAAAAAUACCAACCAACGAAAGAGUGAUAAGAAUCAGUUGAUAAACAACAAUGACGAAUGUCGUGAAACCCGUAAUUGUCGAUAACAAGAAGUAAAAAUGGCUUGAUUAGUAAUAGCUCUGUACCAUGGAAAUAGACCGAAUUAAGAUGGAUGAUCAUACGAGCGAUGAGUCUGAUAGCGAAAAUCUCGAGCGGCCGGAAUUACAAGGCGUUUUACACAAGUGGACUAAUUACAUUCAUGGCUGGCAAGACAGAUACAUUGUCCUUAAAAAUGGGACGUUAUCCUAUUACAAAAGUGAGCAGGAAUGUGGUUACGGCUGCAGAGGAGCCUUGUCUCUCGCCAAAGCAACGAUCAAACCUCACGAGUUUGACGAAUGUCGUUUUGACGUGUCUGUCAACGAUUGCGUUUGGUAUUUGAGGGCGGACAGUGUCGAGAAUAGACAACAAUGGAUUGACGCCUUAGAAUUAUACAAAGCGGAAUCGGGUUACGGGACUGGUUCAGAAAAUAGCUUAAAACGACACGGCUCGACAGUCAGCUUGCAGUCAAACAAUUACAGCACAGCAUCGGGCAGUAGCUUUAAACGUUCCAGUCGUAAUCUACGCGAGAAGCUCGCCGAAAUGGAAACGUUCAAAGAUAUUUUGUGUAAUCAAAUGGACACGUUGCAGCGUUACUUUGAUGCGUGUGUCGAGCCCACCAGCAAUGGAAUAAAUUCCGAUAUAAAAACGAACGAAAUCAUCAAAGGGAGUAUUCCUGCGGUCGAUUUUCGUGGGGAGGCGAUCACUUUUAAGGCGACAACGGCGGGCGUUUUGGACACCCUGGCGCACUGCAUAGAUCUCGUCGUGCAGCGCGAGGAGAUGUGGAGGAAACGAAUGGAGCGCGAGGGCGAGCGGCGGAGGCGAUCGGAGUGCUUGGCCAAAACCUACUUCGAGCAACUGCAGAAGAUACGUAACGUACAUCCUGGACCGGACUUGGAGGAAGGACCCCACAGUAUAAUCGCAGAUGAUGAAUUUUACGAUGCCGUCGAAUCAGGGCUUGAUAAAAUCGAGGAAGAACAAGAACUGAGAGAGAGGAUAAAGAGUGGUACGGCAGUGCCGGUAACACCGCCACCUACCUGUCCGUCAGCAAGUCAUCGUUUAUGGCCCGAGAUUGAACAGGUGGUACACCAACAAGUGGCUUGGGCACGGUUAGGUUUGGGAGACUCCGGGACGGGUUGGCAGUUGUUUGCCGAAGACGGUGAGAUGAGGAUGUACCGGCGCGAGGAGGAGGUCGACGGAAUGGUCGUGGAUCCACUAAAGGCAGUGCAUAUUGUGAAGGGUAUCACCGGACACGAAGUUUGUCAUUACUUCUUUAGUCCACAGUAUCGUUACGACUGGGAAACGACUUUAGAACAAAUGACAGUUUUGGAAACAAUAGCCGACGAUUCUUGUCUAUUUUUACAAACUCACAAACGAAUUUGGCCAGCAAGUCAAAGGGACGUCAUCUUUUGGUCACAUAUUCGGCACUUACCAAAUGAUCAAGAUCGCGAUGGGCCCGAUAUUUGGACAGUCGUUAACCAUUCGACAGAACAUAAGGAUUAUCCUGCAAACUCUGGAAAAUGUGUGAGAAUAUUCCUUACCGUCUGUAUGUUGUGUCAAACUCGAGUAAUCCCGCCGAAGGAAGGUACACCGAUAACGAGGGACAAUAUUUCGUGUAAAAUUACAUACUGCUCUGUCGUGAAUCCCGGCGGCUGGGCGCCUGCGUCCGUCUUAAGAGCCCUUUACAAGAGAGAAUAUCCGAAAUUUCUAAAACGAUUUACAUCAUAUGUAACAAAUCAAACGAAAGAUAAACCAAUUAUGUUUUAGUACUUUUUUUACUUUUAGCUUUAUUUUGAAAUCAUCGUAGGAACUUGGCAAUUUUAAGCACAACUGUUUUUAUUAUUAUUUUAAUUGUUAAGUUUGGUAAUGUUAUAUACAUAUUAUAUCUAAGCGCAAGAA